AUGGCUACAGGUGAACAAUGUAGAGUAUAUUUAAAAUCUAAAGCGAUUGAAUGCCUUGCAAAAUAUGAUAUUCCUUCUGAUGCAACUGUUGAAUAUGAUCUUACUAUGAUCAGAGUUGAACGAGCUAAAGAUACUAAACCACAAACCGAUGAAGAUAAACUAGCAGAAUCAGAAAUUUUAAAAGAACGUGGUGAUGCAUUACUUAAAGGUGGUCAUUAUGAAGUUGCUAUAAAAAAAUACAAAAAAAUAUAUGAAUAUCUUAUAUCAGCAAUUUUUAAUCAUGAUGGUGAUAGAGAUAGAUGUAAAUAUUUGAAAAUUGCUUCUCAAUCUAAUUUAGCUCUAUGUUAUAUGAAAAUGGGUAAUUAUGAUGAUGCUAAACGAGUAUGUAAUAGAGCAUUAGAUUUCGAUAAUCAAAAUGAAAAAUGUAUUUAUCGUCGUGGUCAAUGUCAUUUAGCAAUGCGUUUUUAUGAUCGAGCUAUUCAAGAUUUUGAAACUGUUCUUAAAAUAAAUCCAUCGAAUGUUGCUGCUAAACAACAAAUUGAUAUAUGUCAACAAGAAAUUAAAGCACAUGAAGUUAAAGAAAAAGAAUUAUAUAAAACUAUUUUUCAAAAAGCUGCUCAAACCAAUACAACUAAAAAGACUAAAUAA